AUGUUCUUGCAGAUCGACAUUUGGACAGGCCUCUUGGCCUUCUUUGGUUUGAUCGCGGUCUAUCUUGCAUUUUCAGUAUUUUACAACCUUUAUCUUCAUCCACUACGAAACUUUCCGGGACCUCUUCUUCUCCGGGCCACACGACUAGGCUUUGGCUACAAACUCAACAAAGGCACGCUCCCGUUUGACAUCUUGGAGCUCCAUAAGAAGUACGGCGACAUUGUCCGAGUGGCACCCAACGAACUCGCCUUCAAUAAUGUUGGCGCCUGGAAGGAUAUCAUGGGCCACCGAUCGUCCGGUGCGCCGGAAUUUGAGAAGUAUCAAAUGUUCUAUCGUCCAGUCGCGACGAUUCCCUCUACCAUUGUAAGCUCCGGUGGAAAGGAGCAUGCAUUGCUGAGGAGAUCAAUGUCGCAUGGCUUCAGCGAGCGCAGCCUGCGGGAUCAACAACCCCUCAUCAUGCAGUACGUAGACCUCUUCAUCCAGCGUCUUCACGAGAACUGCACCAACGACGAACCGAUUGACCUGAUGGCUUGGUACAACUUCACCACGUUCGACAUCAUCGGUGAUCUUGCGUUUGGUGAGCCGUUUGGAUGUCUCGAGAGGUCAGAUUAUCAUCCCUGGAUUCGCACCAUCUUCAUCUCAGCUCGGCUUGGGACAGUCGUGCAAACUGCCAACCACUACCCCUGGCUGAAGAAGCUAAUGCUCAACCUUUUGUCAACCAAGUCCGCAAGGGCGAGUCGCGGAAAGAAUCUCAACAACGCCAAGGAAAAGGUCCAGCGACGCAUGGACCUGGGCGGUAAGGGGGGCAGACCAGAUCUCAUCGAAGGAUUGCUGAAGAAGAAGGAUGAACUCGGCCUCUCUUUCGACCAGCUCGCUGCCAACAGCAACACACUCGUCAUCGGAGGAUCAGAAACAACAGCCACUCUGCUAUCCGGGGUGACUUACUAUCUGUUGACCAACCAACAUACGCUUAGGAAACUGGUAGCUGAAGUUCGGUCGACCUUCGAAAAGGAAGAUGACAUCACCAUCAUCUCAGUCAACAAGUUGAGCUACAUGCUAGCUUGUCUGGACGAGGCUCUCCGUAUCUACCCUCCUGUGUCGAUGGGUCUACCGCGAGUGACUCCCAAAGAGGGCGCUACUGUCUGCGGUCGCUUCAUACCUGGAAAUAUGACUGUCGCCAUUCAUCAAUGGGCGAUACAUCACAACGAAGCCUACUUCAAAGAUCCAUUCAGUUUCCGCCCGGAGAGAUUUCUCGGCGACCCGGAGUUUGAUUCCGAUAACCGAGACGCCUUCCAGCCCUUCCACAUCGGAGCCCGUAAUUGCCUCGGGCGAAAUCUGGCGUAUGUCGAGAUGCGCCUAAUUCUAGCUCGUCUGAUUUGGAGUUUUGACCUUGAGCUUGCGGAGGAGAGCCAAGACUGGGUGGGACAGCAAAAGGUCUUUAUCCUAUGGGACAAGGGGCCUCUCAAAGUUCACCUCAAGCCCGUUGCCAGAGCUUGA